UCAUGAACGGGUUGCGUUGUGUCAGGUGCGAUCGGCGUUUGCACGGCGAGAGGUUGAUAGGUGAACGUGCGGGCCGCGACGGAGUGUGUCGACAAACAUGAGCAAAACGCAGCAGGAAAAGUCCGUCGAAGAGGACGAAAUUAAUCUCUUCAAUCCCGCUAUAUUGGACAGAUUGCCGAUAUCGCAUGUUGCUGGGUUACUCAUAAGACCGCUAAGAAGUACGGAUUAUGAUAGAGGUUUCUUAGUCCUCCUGUCACAAUUGACAGACGUUGGAAAUGUCACCAAGGAACAAUUCUUAAAUAGAUUCUACAGCAUGAAGACUGCUGGCGGUUACUACGUCGUCGUCAUUGAGGAUGUCAAUUCUGGAAAAGUGAUAGCAUGCGCGUCAUUAGUUGUGGAGCAGAAGUUUAUUCAUAAUUGCAGUUUGCGAGGACGCCUGGAAGACGUAGUGGUUAACAACAAUUACAGAGGCAAAUCAUUGGGAAAAUUAGUGGUGACGAUUGUAGUGCAAUUAGCGCGCUACUGCCACUGUUACAAAUUAUCUUUGGAUUGCGUAGAUCGUCUGGUGCCAUUCUACGAGAACAUAGGCUUCAAGCGGGAAACUAACAAUGCCAAUUAUCUCAAUAUGCGCUUCCACAGUGAAAAUGCCACUGAACAGUCUCAUUUAUAGUAAUUGGCUUAUCUACCGAUGAUCUUAUCUAUCGGUAAUGGCAAUCGGGUACUUAUUCAUGGUACAGCGUACAUAUGAACUGAAAUAUAACAUUACAUCCCUAAUAUUAAAAUUUAAAAGAACAUUUGGAUAUAAAUUGGACACAAAUGUUCUUUUAUUAAACAAAAUGUUGGAAACGUUCGUAUGUUCUCUCUAUGAAGAAAAUCUCAUUAUUUUACGAAAGAAUUUAAGAAGAAAUCAAUAUGCUUUUUUUUUAUUUAUAAGAGAGAAAAUUUAUCGUACUAACACUUGCGUAAAUUAAAAGAAAUUAUUUUAUAUAUAUCUUUUUUAUCUAUUAACAUAAGUAUCACAUAACUAAUGUGUACGUGCGCGCGCGCGCAUGUACCAAUUUUUCGAAAAAAUGGGUCCUACAUGCGUAUAAAAUAUACUGUCGCAUUAUAUUAUAGACUGUAUAGGUUGUAAAAAAAUAAUAAUUGUUAAAUAAAAUAAUUUAACUUUUA